AUGGCAGCGGAGCAGCCUAAAGAAUUCCUUUCCAGCGAAGACCAUGCCAGCACGAACAAGGUAACAGAAGGUGCAAUCAGUUUUCACGAGUACAAAAGAAGAAUAGAGAAUCACUUUUUGGAAGAAGAAAAAAAUAAUAAAAUCACACCACAUGAACGUUGGAAAAAAUGCAUUAAAGCGACCCUUGGUGUACUGAAGCACAGACCAUCGAGCUUUGCUAUCUACAGGGUUCCAACCAAACUACGAAAAAUCAAUGAAGAUGCAUAUAGCCCUCGUAUGGUCUCAAUUGGACCUUUUCACCAUGGCAGAAAUGAUCUGCUGAAAAUGGAAGAGCACAAGUGGCGUUACAUGCUUUUCCUUCUUGCACGGACAUCUGAUCGGGUCAAGGCAGUGGACAAGUGUGGGGAAGUAAUAGGAAGCUUACAGCAAAGAGUUCCCGGAUGCUAUGCCGAAGACCUCAACAUGACGCGGGAAGAGCUGAUGGAAAUUUUACUAGUGGAUGGCUGCUUCAUACUUGAACUUUUUCUCAGUGCCAAACAAUCACCUAGGCAUUUACUCGAAAUGUUGCAUAUCUUCUACCGCCCACCAUUUUCAGACACCCACACAAAAGUCGAUCAUGAUGACACUUUGGGAUUCAAACAUCGUGCAACAAAUCUCUUAGAGGCCGGAAUUGAGAUUGAAAAGGCCAGCACAAACAGUUGUGGUUUAUUGGAAAUAACAUUCAAUGACGGAGUGAUUCAAUUCCCAGCAUUGUCUAUUGACGAAACAAUGGAGACAAUAUUUAGGAACCUCAUUGCUUUUGAGCAAUGCAGCGUGGAUGGUAUGCAUUACAUUACAUCAUAUGUCAUGCUCAUCAAACGUCUCAUACAUUCACCACAAGAUAGAGAUCGAGUUGUUAGAGGAGAAAGCAUCUGCAGUGAAGUGAUUGCUCCGAAAGAUUUCUACCUUGCCAAGAUAUGUGAGGAUGUGAAUAAAUACACCAAUUCCUGGUGGCACUUCCGCAGAAUUAAAGCUUACUUGAGUGUUCUUGGGCGAAAAUGUAUGGAUUCGUUAAAAAAUAAUUAUUUCCCAAAUCCGUGGAGUUUCAUAUCGUUCGCUGCUGCUGUUGUGCUCAUAGUUCUCACUGCCUUGCAGACCAUAUACACCAUGCGAUCCUAG